UCGAUCCCAUCGCCAUGGUUCGCUUUCGCGGACUCACGGCGCUCGCCUGUCUGACGCAGCUGGUCACCGUUCACGGUGCCGAUUGCUUGAGCACAGUGGAUGUGAUCCCCGCAAAUCAGCGCGUGGAUAUAACUCUCAAUGGACAAAGCAUUCCAAUUGGCUUUUCAGGACCUGACUGGGAUUCCGCAAGGCUCUACAGCAAAAUCGCUGAGAUCAUCACCAAGGAGAUUUUGGGCUUCAACACACAGAUGGGUCCCCAUGGAGAUGAGUCAGGAACAAGCUACAUGCUGGCAGCACAAGGCUCGUCAAUCCAUUUUCUCAGUGAGAUUUGGUCUUCAUUCAGUGAGGACAUCGUGGUCUUUGACGCGAACAAUCCUGACAAAGCUCUACCCUCGCUGAAGAAUUUGGACUAUUCCGGCAGGGAUGGGAUGUUCAUUUUCCCCAAGUCCUUCCAGCCAUACUACGAUACCUAUGGCAAAUCCUUAGAAUUCUAUCAGUACUUCAACGUCAGCGUCUUGCGUCGGAACUCAGACUUCUCGAAGAUUGCAGACUUUGACCUCACCAUGCUGUCAGCUUGUGAUUCAGGAGGAGGUGCUGAGAUCGAAAAGACCUACUACCUGCAAACCACCGGGGACAACGAUGCUAUCGUCAAUGGGGCUUGGGUUUGUCACCAACAGAAGUGGUGGUUGUCCCCAGGCUGUAGAUCAGAUCCAACUACCUGCGUUCCACUGCUGACCCACUUGUUCUGGGGUUGGAGUGAGAUGCGACAGAAAGCAGCCUAUUUCAACAUGCCCGUUGCAAUGGCCAGCACAACCUCCAAUGAGAUCUACAAACAGUGGCCCAAGGACAACAAGAUGCUCGCAUACUGGUGGAUGCCGGAUGACCGCUUCACAUCCGAUGGAGCCAUUCAGAUGUUCUUCCCUGACCACAACCCGGGCCUUUGGGAGGUAGGGAACAAAGUCACUAUGGCCGUGGCAGAGCCCCUGUAUUCCUACUAUAAGCCAGGCAUUGACUCUGCGGCACCAAAAGUCUACCAGCUGAUGAGCAGUAUGACGCUCUUUGAUGAUGACAUGAUCCGUUUGUUGAACGAUGUCGUGGCAGCGCGAAGUCAAGGAAUCACGGAUUACGUGGAGCACGUGGCUUGCAACUGGGUUCAGAACAACGGGCCCCGCUGGCGCGCAUGGAUUCCCAUCGCCACCGAAUGUACACGAAGCCUUGGCUUCGGAUUGGUGACCGAUGAUGGAACCUUUGUGCAGGACCGAUCGUUGGCAACUGGCUGUUCCCUUUGCACGCCGGGAAGAUUUGCCUCGACCUACUCCGACAAUGUUGGACAGUCCGCAGUUUGCAUCGAGUGUCCAAAUGGAACGGCUCAAGAUCGCGGUGGCCAGACCGAAUGCGUGGAGUGCGCUGCGGGGACCUAUCGAGUACCAUCAGGUAUUCGGUGCAGCCCCUGCAAGAAGGGCACAUACCAACCGCAAGGGGCACAGGAUAGCUGUCUCUCCUGCAGUUCGCCCAUGACCACGGUGACGGUGGGAAGCGACACGCAGGACAUGUGCAUUUGCCCUGCGAAGACCUACCGACCUUGCUACGAUGUGGACAAUAACGGAUCACUUCGAUCAGAGUGCCAAUGUGACACAGGUUUCUACACACAAGGUGGAAGAUGUGUUGGAUGCCCAGACGGGAUGGUCUGCGAGGAAGGUUCUGAUGAGCAGUUCUUUCCUUGUGCGGAGGUGGACAUUGUGAAUUCCACGGUGAAUCCUUACCCCAAGCCGGAUGAAGGAUACUUUGUCCUCUUGCAACAACCCACCUAUGUCUUCAAAUGCAUCGACUUAUUGUCGUGUCCUGGGGGUCAAGCAGAGAAUUGCGGGGCGGGCUUGCGUGGCAUUGCUUGCGGAGCAUGUGACGCUGGCUAUUACAAGCAAGCAGGCUCAUGCAAUCAGUGUGGCGAAUUUGAGCAGAGCCCACUGUUUUUGAUCAUCCCCGCGUUGAUCUCGCCGGCCUUCGUCUUUGUUCUCUACAAGGUGUCCUUGGCGGACGUUCACCUCUGGGGGAGAACUGGUCAAGGUUUUGGUGGCAUUGGCUAUUUGCUGCUGGUCUAUGUGCAGACCGUUUCGGUGAUCAUUUCAGUGUUCCCCACUCUGCCUUCAACGCUGGUUGGUGGCAUCGGAUGGACGUCGACCUCAGCAGAGAUCACCAGCCUCUUCCGUUUGGAGUGUGCAGGCCCAUCAGACUUUGUGGGGAGCUUCAUCCUGAACCUGGUGCUGCCAGAGAUCGCUGGAAUCAUCUUCUUUGUUACGUGGUUGGGUGCCAUGUUGAUCAGCAGGUUCGUCCCUAAGCUCCGCAUGGACGGCGACGUGGUGCUGGGCUGCUUCGGAGGGAUCUUGAAGACCUUCUUCGUGACGGUGGCCUCCAAGUGCUUCUCGCUCUUCCAGUGCUACAACCAUCCCAAUAAGCGGUUGUCCAUGCGCGCCAGUCCAGAGGUCUUGCAGGGUUCCGAGGAAUGGUCCAGCAUGGUGAUCUUCGCGGCCAUGGCCAUCUUGGUGAACUGCGUUCUGCUUCUGGUGGUGAUCUCCUGGGCCAUGUGGGUGGCACCGCAGCGCUUCCAUCUGAAGAGCUUCCGCAUGCGCUGGAAGUUCAUGAUCCAAAAGAUGCGACCGAGCGUAUAUUGGUGGAUGAUGACCAUCUUCUUCAAGGGCUUGUGGAUUUCGCUCACCGGUGUCCUCUUCACCAAUGCGAUGCAGCAAUCUCUGUGGGUCUGUUUUGGUCUGCUGUUCUACACGACCAUUAGCUACGUGUUCCUGCCAUGGCGCAGUGUCUUUGUGACCAUCUUGGACAUCGGCACCCACGUAUCGACCCUGCUUCUUUGUCUUCUCUUGCCCUUCUUGAUUGAUUUUGAGGAGGAGGAGCAGCAAACCGCGGUGGGAAUCUUCGUUGCCUUGGCUGUGUGCGGAUUCCUGAGUGUGGUGGGUGCUAUCACCUGGGCAUGCAUCAAGGGCUUCUCCCCUUGGUGGAAGAGACGGAGGGAGCGGAACAUCGAGUACUACGCGCAGCGCAUGGCAGACGUUUUCAGCUCCGCGACCGAGCCGCGAUUGCUGGCGGAGAUGAUGACGGAAAUCCCAGCACUGGAUAUCCUGGAGAUCAAAUAUGUGGCGAACAUGAUGUCUGCCGAAAUCUUGGGCAAACACGUGAUUGGGCGAUUGAAUUGGGGUGAGCCGGCGUUGACAAAGCCAGUGGAGGAUAAAUUCGUUGAUGGGGUUGCAAGGUCUCAAGUGAUCUGGACGUAGGUGUCACUACCCAUGGCCACCAUAGGUGGCUGACUGGGGACUGUGCCGUGAAAAACUGUCCGCUUCGGACUGAGUGGUUCGAUCCAACUCAGGGU